GUUUCCAGACAUUUUUCAUUUUUCCUUCCUUUUUCUUUUCUUUUUGGAUUUUUUUCAACGAUGCUUUUUCCUAUUUUGCAAGUGGACAGAACGUAAUGUGCUGGCUAGCUAAGGUAGCUAGCUGAGCUAACUCGAAGACGCUCAUCCCCCACAAACACGAACGUUGGUUGUGUUUUUUAGAGUACACGACGCUUUGGAUGCAUUUUAGCUGCAGUUUUACCGUUUUUUGCACGUUUGUGUAGCGUUGUUUUUGUGGCGUUUAUUGUGAAGACUUUUCCUUGAUGAUGGGACUGAUUUGUUUUUGGCACGCUUCUCAGCCAGCCCACCAUGCUAACUAGUUAGCACUAGCUAACAGCGUCAGAGGCUCGUGGCUUUGUAGUCUCAGGAUCGUCCUGGUCCACAGUUGAUUUACAGAAUACCCCCAAGUGUUAGAUUUUUGCAGGUUUUGGUUUUUGAAAGGAGGAGGACUGGUCUAGUGCGAUGUAUUUUUGAGCUUUUUGUGUGGUUUUUGGCUAAUGUUAGCCAAGCCAUCCGGCUUUUUAACCGGGGCCAAGGCAGGGCCUGUGUUUCUCACUAAAGCCUCUUGGUGGCGCUGUCGGUAUCCAGGCGGGUGUGUUGUGAAUGAUUUUAGUAUAAAUCGCGAGGGGCGAAGGUGAAGGUCGAGACACCAGCCCAAACUGAUCCCAGCCCACAGUGUCAAACAUCAGACAGACGACAGCCCUGCACACAGACGCUAUGGAUCGUUCACCCAGCGCCUCCGCACUGAUGGCCGCCAGCAAUGUCACCAACAAGACCGACCCACGCUCCCUCAACUCCCGGGUCUUCAUCGGAAACCUCAACACCCUGCUGGUCACCAAGGCUGACGUGGAGGCCAUCUUCUCCAAAUAUGGAAAGAUCGUCGGCUGCUCCGUCCACAAGGGUUAUGCCUUUGUUCAGUACGCCAAUGAGAGGAAUGCCAGAGCUGCUGUCAAUGGGGAGGACGGGAGGAUGAUUGUAGGACAAGUACUUGACAUCAACCUGGCAGGAGAACCCAAACCACACAGGUCAAAAACCACCAAGCGCUCAGCUGGAGACAUGUACAGCAGCUCUUCCUUUGAGCUGGACUAUGACUUUCAGAGAGAUUAUUAUGACAGAAUGUACUCCUACCCGUCCCGUGUCCCUGCUCCUCCACCACCUUUGUCUCGCGCCGUGAUCCCGUCGAAGCGCCCUAGAGUCAGCCUGAGCGGGGGAAGCAGCCGGCGAACCAAGAGCAGCUUCUCCUCUUCCUCCAAGAGCAGCCAGAGGACUUCAUCCAGAACAAUGAAGGUCGAUGAGCUCCAAACCAUCAAGCGGGAGUUGACCCAGAUCAAGAGCAAAGUGGACGACCUGCUGGAGAGUCUGGAGCGCAUGGAGAAAGACCACAGCAAGAAGUCAGAAGUUAAGAGCGCAAAACCCGAGCCAGGAGAAGUGACUUCUCCUCCACACCCGAGCAAUAAGAAGGACGAUGAGCUCAAGAGAGAUCAGGAGAUGAACGACUCUGAGGAGGAUGAGGAGGAUGAAGGAGACCUGCUGGAGGAGGAAGAGGUGAAGAGCCAGCAGAGAGAGGACGAAGAGGACGAGGAGGAGGAAGGAGAGCAUGUGGAGGGCGACGACGAUGGCGACAGCGUCAACGGCGAGGAGGACUCCUAGAAAGGACCACAGAAGCGCAUGCAGCGUACACUCAGCUUCCUUUAGGAACUUGGACUCCUGUUUUAACACUCAUGUUGUAGAUACAAGAAGCAAACAUCCACACAGAAGCAUGGUGCACACACUCCGUUGUUCCAUUGUCCCUGAAGCAGAUUGUCUUUAUUUUUUCUUCGUUACUUUGGCCAGUUGUCCAGUUAUCGCUGUAAGAGGACGAACUAGCAGUAGGUUUGUGUUUUUAUGCGUCGUUACUGGUCUUCAGGAGAAGACACAACCAAGGACUGUAUUAUGUUCUCAGAGACGACAGCUCGACGGACAUGUCUUAUCGGGAGAAUUCAAGAUCGUUUUUAGGCUCGGUGUGUUUGUUUUCCUCAUCGGUGUGUUUGUUUGAUCUUGUGUGUCUGUAUGUUAAUGUCCGUUUUUUUAUACUCUAUUGGUUUCAGUUUAACUGUAAAGGAAUAAAUUGCAAUAAAAUAUUAAAAUGGA